AGUUCCACCUUCGGUAUUUUUUCAGUGUGACACAGCGGAAGUACACCAAUAGGGUCUCUCCUGCACGGCUUGGGGGUGAACAAGGAGGGUUUUUUGUUGGUUUCUUUACAAACCGUAACAAAUCAACGAUGUCUGCAGCUGAAUCUCUCAGAGGGUUUGUGACCGAGCGGCUCGCUGCUGCUGCUGAAGACAUUUUGGGAGUUUUUAACAGAACUCUGGUCCAGUACGAGGAAGAGCUGGAGCGUCAGCGCAGACUGCUGGAUCUGGUUUGGAAACCUCACAUUCACUUAAACAGAAUAGGUGAGACAAUGAACUACAUCUGGUAUUAUUGCAAAGAGAAAAAAAGCGCGGUCUAAAGUUCGAUCACAGUGGUUUGCAUAUAGAGACUGAGUGUGAGGACAACAUUGACGAGAAUGAUCUGAAAUAACGACAGUAAAGUCACUAUUUUAUAAUAUUAUCAGUCUUUACGUAGUUUUAAAGGGUUGCAGGUACAGAAAGCAAAUAGCUGUCUGAUCACAGGAGGUUUUCAUGUAUUCAUGAAACCAAAUCAGUUAUUAUUAAAGCUCAUGUCAAGACCUUUGUGUUUGUUCUGGCACUCCCCGAGUACCAAAGCAAGAUUUUCUGACUUUAUCAUCUAUUUUUUAUUAGCAUUUUCAGACAGACAUCUCACCCUGCAGACUGCAGACAGUUAAACAUAUAUCACAUAUUUAUAACAUGUGAAAACUGCUGUUUCUUAAACUCAAGCGAGUUUUAAAAAAGGAUAAGGAACUUGUCAGUUUGAUCUCCUCAGUCCCUUUGUUCCAGAGAGUUGGGGCCCCAACAGAAAAAGCCCGGUCCCCCUUUUGUCCUCAGCCUGGACUGCUGAAAUCCUGUUAAAGGUGGGGUAGGCAGGAAUCUGUUAAAGAAGCAUCCUUUUGUGGUGUAUAUACAAAAAGCUUUUGACAUCAGUCAAUAGCUAUUAGUCAUUGAUGAAAUUUGGUAAUAUAACAAUAUUGCUGUGUUUUGUAACAUCUGUGUAGUCAACAUUUAAUAUUUUUGAGCGCUCUGCUCUUUCUGACUGUAAACAAAGCCGUUCUCCGCCUCCCCCAACCUGAUUGGUUGUGAGGCAGACGCUGCUCCCCCGUGUCGUUCAUGAGCUCAAACAAACUUAGUGUGCUACAAUAUCGGACAGUAGAAACAACCAGAAUGUACAGAAAAUUGUCUGAAUCCUCCUUUAGCCACGACUGUCAACACAAGCAAGAAAACAAAGUAAAUACCGGAGACUCUGGUGGAAUAACGGGCGCUUAAAACAGAGGUAGACCGGACAAGAGCUAAAAGCCGGGUCAACAAUAAUGGGGGACUCUUUGGGAUCUUACGGACCCUGUAACCUUUCUGCUGGACAGGUAAACCGCUUUAACAAAGUAAGCCAAGUGUCUGUAACAGAAGUGUUUCUUGUCAAACGGGACCUGCUGCGUGUUGUAGUGCCGCUAAACUGUUUACCUUGGGUCCUGGACUAUGUCACUUUAUCCUAGUUGUAGAAGUCCUGCAAACAUUGUGUUUGCUGGUAGGCAUCUACAGUAGCACCAAUGCUUUUUACUUUAACGUUGACUGGGCUCCAUUUGUAAUUAUCUGAAGAUUUUAUCUGCAUUAUAUCUGAAUUCAAUUGAAACCAUACGAGCGAGCAGGAGCGUCUGUUUGUGGGCGGGGCUUGUUGGAGCAGAAACUGAGGGGAAAGGAGGAGCUGAGAGGAAAACUGGUUGGGAAGGGUAGUGUUUACAUUCAAGAUUUCUCCCAAAAACUGGCACUUCCUCAGAUCCUGCCUACCCCACCUUUAACGGGUAAAGAUAAGAAUGCAUUUCAUUGGGAAAAGAUAAUGGUGAUAUCAGCCCAUUAAUCAACCCAAUAAACGGGUUAAAUGAUUGAUCUCUACACAGUUGUUUUUUUUUCACACUGCUUAUUGCUUAUUUUGAAACUAUGUCCUGUGUCGCAGGUUUGGACAAAAUCCGUCUUUGUGUUCUUUCAACCACUCCCACCCCAAAUAUAGUGGUUGUGAAAAGUAUUAGAAUACUAGAUGGAUCCAAAAAAGACUAUACAAUGACCUCUUUUGGCCUCUAAAACAUGAUUUCAUUUCCGAAUGUUCAUGAAAUAAGCAGAUGGUUGCUCUGAGCACAACAGAUAUAAGAUAAAGUGAAUCCUACUGUUUUUAUCCAGAUUUAACUUUAAUAUUUGGUAUGUCCAGCUUUUGCAACAAUCACAACAGCACGUCUUUCUGGCAUUGUGUCUGUAUAUUUCCUGAGAACUUCAAAGCUAAUGUUAUCCCAUGCUUUUGGCAGCUAAAGCCAAAGACUGUCCUUUGAAUAUACAAUAGAUCUGUCUAAUUUAUUUUCCAACUCUUUAUAUCCAUCUUCCUUUGUCUAUUUCUUGUGUUAUUUUGCAAAUUUCAGGUGUUUCACUCUAUUUUUCUCUUUCUGUAAUGGUUUCUUUGCUGUUAUUCUGCCAACAAGCCCUUCUUCUCCCAGUUGUCGAUGCGCAAUUCUUACACCAUAAGUCAUUGUAUUGUUGAUGUGAUCACACAGUUCCCCUGAGGUCUUUCUUCAACACACCAGGAAAGUGUCUUAAAGUGACGUACAUCAGAGUUGUUCUUCUUCUGAUGUUAAAGCUUUUCACCAACUAUAGAAACCUCUAGCCUGAUAAAAUCUGUCAUUUAGGACUCAAAAAACAAAUAUGUCUUCUCAAUAAUACACCUUAAGUUUAAAAAUGUUGUGAUUUCAUUGUUUUUGAAAGAUUGGAGCUUGAUGCUUAAAAUUUUACAAACUCUUUAACUCAUAACCUUUGCAGGUUUUCUUUUCUUGGACAUCUUCCUAAUAUCAUGCCCCACUAACUCAGUCCAUGUCUCUGUCCCAUUUCAGCGGUAUACUUACGCUUUUAUCUGUGUUCCUGCAGAGCUCCCAACGCAUUACUGUAAGGAGGAGGAGGUUUUCUCAGACCAGCAGCCCUUAAGCCAGAAUAGGAACUCAAGUCUGGUCCAAGAAGACCCAGAGUCUCCACAACUCAAAGAGGAACAGGAGGAACUGUGCAUUAGUCAGGACAGAGAGCAGCUUGAACCAGAGCAGGAGACUGAAAACUUGACGUUAACUCCAACCUGUCAGGAAAGUGAGAACACUGAACCAAAACUGAGAAACAAUCACCAGCUCUUUUCUCCCAACUUUCAUGCUGCUACAAACCAAGAUCCAAGUCAGAGCAGAAAGAUUCACUGUGAUCCUCACCAAGGUAAAACGUCUGGCAUUUCUACGGGAUGAAAAAAUUCAGCUCAAUGAUCUUCCUUUCAUUCAAUUUAUCAGGGAAUAGAGACAUAGCCUAGCAACAGGUAUGCCUCAACGACAGGAUCAUGGAUAAUUUUUUUUAGUAAUCAUGAUAUCUGCCUCAAUCCUGUAUUUAGCACCCCAUUGAGCUGUUUUAUUCACAUGUUUUUAUUGAUAUCAUACUCCUCUUUUCAUGACAUUUUACGGCAAUGAAAGCGAUGAGGUAAAAAAAGUCCUGGUCGUCUAAAGUGAAGAGAAUAUAUUAUAAAUUAUAUAUACUGGUACUUUCUGGUACAAGUUACCAUCCUGUCUCUCUGGUGUGUUUAUGCUUGUGUUUUGUGUUCCCACAGAGCCCCCAAGUGCUCUCUCCAGUCUGGACCCAGAGCCUCCUCAGAUUAAAAAUGAACAGGAGGAGCCUUGCAUAAGCCAGGACCGAGAUCAGCUUGAACCAGAGCAGGAUACUGAGAACUACAAGUUUACUGUUACUAGUGAAGAAAGCAAGAACUCUAAACCAGAAGUUCCUCACCACUCUAAUAAUGUUUAUUUUCAAGAUUCAAAGAAAGACAAGCACGAACAGUCAGAAACCAAACAGAAGGAAAAAGUUGAUGAAACAAGUCAAUCCACUUCAUCAGGUGAAUUUUUGGUUAUUUUGUCAAGAUUAUCAGGGGUUCCCUCUGAUCCUCAGCAAGGUGAAAAGACUUUUAAAUGUGACACAUGUGUGGAAGUCUUUAGGUAUAAGUCAGAGUUAGAGACUCAUCUGCGUGUCCAUAAAGGUAUGAAGACACAUACCUGCAAAAUCUGUGGGAAAGUUUUUGGUUACAAGUCUUUACUCACCAUUCACAGUCGGACACACUCAGGGGAGAAACCAUAUUCUUGUAAAACAUGUUCAAAACGCUUUCGACUCAGCAGGACACUGGUAAUCCACCUGAGAACACAUACAGGUGAAAAGCCUUACUCCUGCAGCACCUGUGGGGAUAGAUUCUCUCGAUUGUCACAUUUGAAAAGGCACAGUCGGAUCCAUACAGGUAAGAAGCCUUUUACCUGCAGAGCAUGUGGGAAAUCUUUCAGAGAGAAAAGCUUCCUGUCACUCCACAUGAGGACACACACAGGUGUGAAGCCACAUACCUGCAAAACAUGUUUAAAAUCCUUCAGAUUUAGUAAGACAUUAGCUGUACACAUAAAAACACACACAGGUGAAAAACCGUACCCCUGCAGCAUCUGUGGGAAAAGAUUCAAACAGAACUCACAUCUAAAAAGGCACCGUCUGAUUCACACAGAUGAGAGGCCUUUUACCUGCACAAAAUGCAACAAAUCCUUCAGACAGAAAACUGUCCUGACAGAGCACAUGAAGACACACUCAGGUAAGGGGUUAUUUUCAUGCACUAUAUGUGGAAAAAAGUUUAUGUCAAGCUACACACUCAAAGUGCACUUUAGGAUACACACAGGGGAAAGGCCUUACCCCUGUAGCAUAUGUGAGAAAAGUUUCAUUCGCAACUCAGAGUUAAAAACGCACCUUCGGAUCCAUGGAGAUGAGAAACCGUUUAACUGUGAACUCUGUGAGAAAACUUUCAAAUUCAAAGGUGCGCUGAAAGAGCAUAGAAAGACUCACACCAAGGAGAAAACACACACCUGCACCCUCUGCCAGAAAUCGUUUCAGCGAGGUUCAGAUUUGAAUAUACACGUUCGGAUUCAUACAGGUGAAAGGCCAUAUAUCUGUAACAUAUGUGGCAGUUCUUUCAAAUCUAGCAGUGAACGGGGUCGACACAUCAAGAAAGUCCACAUAUGUGAGAGGCCACACUCCUGCAGCACCUGUGGAAAAAGAUUCUUUGAGAGGACUGUGCUGAAAAGACAUAUGAAAAAGCACACAGCUCAAAGCCAUACACCUGCUGCACCCAUGGAAGACCAUUCAGUAGGAGGUAACAGCGCCUGAUUAGAAAUCAUGCUCCAGGUCUCUGGGGGUUAGGUGAUAAUUAACAGUCCACAUAAGAAGAGCUCAUAUAGUUAGGAGACUUUACCUUUGCAGCAUCUUCUGGGAAAUGCACCGUUAUAUAUCUGAGUUUGUGGGUCAUUUGACACCAAUUGCUGAAAGUCACUGUGCAUGUAGAUAUUAAUGAUAUUAAUGUUCAAAUGAGAGCUGCACCUAAAGAGGGCAAAGUUGGCUGGCCAAUUGAACAGUACAAACCACAGUCUGCAAACCAGCUUCUGGUAGUUUUUUAAAAAUAUGACUGGACAUUUUGCCCUCAGUGGAGAGCAGGGAUACAUAGCUGGGUAAAGGCGUCCAUAUAUAUCCAGAAAAUAUGAAAACUUCAUUUUUUAUAUUAAAAAAAUUGUUUCCAGGAAAUUCAAACCCUUGGAGCUGCACCUGUAUGUAAAUAUUAGGGGGAUGAUGUUAAGCUGCAUCUUGACAGGGGAUUUACAUUUCAUGGAUGCAGUUUAAUUUUAACAGUGUUUGCAGCUAUUUUUACUUUUCUGUGCAUGUAUCAAAGAUGUUAAGUCUUGACCAUUGCUAUUCACUUUUAACAGUCAAGAAUUUUUUAGAUUAGUUUAUCUUGAUAAAAUUACCUUAUAUUGUUUGAUGAUGAAGGUCUGACAUGAACUACACAGAAUGAAGACAAUGUACCACAUGCAUCUGCCUGUACAGAUAAAGGUGAUAAAGCUGCUGCUUUUGGUUAUUUUGUUGUUUGAACUGCGACAUGUCAGUGCUGUAGGAAAUCCUGUCCACUCUGUCAAUUUUCUGUGUAUACACAAUAUCUGAUUAAAAAAACAUUUACUAGUACACUAAAAAUAAAAAAGGUAUUUUUUUUAAUAACAAA